AUGGACGCCUUCUCCGGGUACAACCAGAUCAGGAUGGCACCCGAAGAUCAAAAACAUACAGCCUUCCUCACCGAGCAAGGGAUAUACUUUUACAGAGUUAUGCCGUUCGGGUUAAAAAACGCCGGGGCAACCUACCAGAGGACGGUGAACAAGAUGUUCGCCCACCAGAUCGGACGAAACAUGGAGGUAUAUGUCGACGACAUGAUCGUAAAGAGCCGAACGGCGGAGGCUCAUCCCUCCGACCUGGCGGAGACAUUCGACACUCUGCGGAGGUUCGGCCUGCGCCUCAACCCCACCAAGUGCGCCUUCGGUGUGACCUCGGGAAAAUUCCUCGGAUUCAUCGUACACGAAAGAGGGAUUGACGCCAACCCGGAAAAGAUACAGGCCCUCAUCGACAUGCGGCCUCCACGGACGAUCAGAGACCUGCAGCGCCUCAACGGGAGGCUAGUCGCUUUAUCGCGCUUCCUCUCCCGAUCGGGAGAUCGCUGCCACUCUUUUUUCCGGGCCCUGAAGGAUCCGAAGAACUUCCAAUGGACGGCGGAAUGCGAGACGGCCUUCGAGCAGAUGAAGCUACACCUGGCCGGCCUCCCUCGACUCGCUUCGGUCUCCCCAGGGGAGAAGCUGAGUCUCUACCUUGCCGUCUCUCGGCACUCGGUCAGCUCGGUUCUAGUCAAAGAAAUUUCCGGCGACCAACUACCGGUCUACUACGUCAGCCACAUACUGAGCGGGCCAGAAGAACGCUACCCGCCAAUCGAAAAGUUGGCGCUGGCGCUCGUCCUGUCGGCGCGGAAACUCCGCCCCUACUUCCAGGCCCACCCGAUAGAGGUAAUAACCGAUCAGCCGCUUCGGCUUAUCCUGUCCAAAUUCGAUGUUGCAGGGCGUCUCCUCAAAUGGGCAGUGGAGCUCGGCGAGCACGACAUACAAUACAUACCUCGGACCGCCAUCAAAGCCCAAGCCGUGGCAGACUUCAUUGCGGAGCUGACGCCGAAUACCGGCGAAGAACUCGAGCCACUGCGCGAUACCUGGACCCUCCACGUAGAUGGCUCGGCCAACGCGAAGGGCGCCGGCGCGGGUCUGGUUCUGACAACACCUGACGGCCGCUCGAUCGAGCGCUCCUUCCGCUUCGGGUUCAGAGCCACCAACAACGAGGCAGAAUACGAGGCUCUCCUGGCGGGGCUCCAGUUGGCACGGGAAAUGCAGGUGACCGACAUACGCGUCAUCACCGACUCGCAGCUGGUGGCUAGGCAGCUCGAUGGCGAAUACGAGGCCCGGGACCCGACUAUGGCAAAAUACCUAGCGCAGGUAAGAAGCCUGGCCGCCAAGUUUGCCCAUUUUGAACUGUCGAAUGUUCCCAGGAGCGAGAACCAGCGAGCCGACACCCUGGCUAAACUGGCGUCCGGCCCGUCCCCCUGGGCUCAACCCGAGACCGAAGAACUCCCCCGCCGAGCCAUAGAGGUCGUCGCCACCGUCGCUCACGGCGCGCCGGCCACUUGGGUACAGGAGAUGUUACGCUUCAAGCAGGACGGGACCCUGCCCGACGAUACGACUACAGCUCGGCGCUUGCGUCGAACGCAGGCGUGGUACACCGAGGAAGGAGGACGGCUGUACAAACGGUCUUUCUCGCGCCCCCUGUUGCGCUGCCUAGAGCCGAGCGAAGCCAGGACGGUUCUGUCCGACAUGCACGAAGGGGCUUGCGGGGAACACAUAGGCGAGCGAGCCCUGGCGCACAAGGUACUCCGACAGGGGUACUACUGGCCGACCAUGCGCCAGGACGCAAAAGCUCUCGUGCGGCGAUGCAGCUCAUGCCAGGAGCACGCCCGUACCACCCGACGACCGGCGGUCCUAUGGGUCGAAGCCGAGCCCCUAGCGACCAUCACGGAGUCGCAAGUGAAAAGGUUCGUAUGGAGAAACCUCAUAACCCGUUUCGGCCUGCCCCAGUCCAUCGUCGCCGACAAUGGACCGCAGUUCGCCGGCAGGAAAUUCCAAGAGUUUUGCGCCAAGCACAAAAUUCAACUGAGGUUCAGCUCGGUGGCUUACCCCCAGGCGAAUGGGCUAGCUGAAGUUACCAACCGGGCCAUCGUCGACGGACUCAAGAGAAGGGUAUCCGCUACCCGAUCGGCUUGGAUCGACGAGCUCCCGAGCGUCCUGUGGGCGCUUCGCACUACCCCCAAGACCCCGACUGGGGAGUCUCCCUAUAGCCUCACGUUCGGGACCGAGGCCGUGUUACCACCCGAGGUAGCCGUCCCGACUCCGCGGACGGCAGACUACAGCGAAGAAGCCUCGGGCGAAGGGCUCCGAUCAAACCUGGACCUGCUCGAGGAAAGACGGGCCGACGCACACCAAAAAGCCCUUUCUUACAAAAGAGCCGUAGCGAGGGUCUACAACCGGAACGUGCGACCCCGGUCGAUAAAAUUAGAGGACUUGGUCCUGCGCAAAAUCGAGGUCAGCCACCCCACCCAAGUAAGGGGGAAACUGGCCCCAAAGUGGGAGGGACCCUAUCGGGUCAUCGGAGUAUCCCGACCGGGGACAUUCAGGCUCGCCACAAUGGAUGGCGACCCCGUGCCCCGGACUUGGAACAUACAGAACCUUAGGAAAUAUUUCGUCUGA